AUGUCCAUUACACAUCCUCAUUCAUUUCAGGUAUCAACCGCCAUGGCUGCAAAUGCUUCUACUCUUCUUCUCGCCCUGCUCAUCCUCACCACCCUUUGUUCGGUAGCUCUCACCACAGAGGAUCAAGCGGGAGAUGACAUUCCGAAGUUUCCCGAUAUUCCGGACGGCGACGAUGGGGACAUAGUGAAUUUAAACGAAGAGUCGUUUAACGAGGCACUCAGGCAGCACGAGUACGUUCCCGCGUUGCUGUACAACAGCUCGUGCCCGCGAUGCAAGAACUACAUGGUCCAGCUGCGGGAAGCGGCGGCGGCCCUGAAGGAGGCGGGCGGGGGGGUGUUGGUGGGCAAGGUGGACGCGGUGCAGCACGCGGGGGUGCUGCAGAGGGCGGUGGCGGAGGGCGCUGGGGACGACGGUGAGCCGCCGCUGUUCGUGUGGGCGGAGAAUGGACGCUUGCAGCCGUGCGACGAAUUCCACAGCGAGGACGUGGUGGCGUGGGUGCAGCGGAAGAGUGGGCGCAGCGUGGCCGUGCUGGACCCCGCCUCGCCCGCCGACCUGCCCUCUCUGGACUCACUGCUCGACGACUCCGUCACUGCGCUCGCCCUCGCCCUCGUGCAUGACACUCAGGGCGGGGCAGCAGCGGAGUUCAGGGGCGCGUCCAAGGACGUGGAGGGGGUGCGGUUUGCGCUCACCACGCACAUUGCAGUGGCCACCGCGCUGGGCUGGCAGGGCGACGCUGCUGCCGCCCUGGCGCGUGCAGGCGUGGAGGGGGCCGUGGUGGCCGUGCUCAAGAGCAGAAACGACACCUUUUCGCAGUUCACGUGUGAGCGUGCGGUGCAGUGUAGAGCGUGUGGGGCAGCGUAUGAGCGGGCGGUGCAGCGUAUGAGCGUGUACCUCCCUCAGUUCCUCCCUCAGUUCCUUCCUCCCUCAGUUCCUCCCUCAGUUCCUCCCACAGUUCCUCCCUCAGUUCCUUUCUCAUUCCCUCCCUCAGUUCCUUCCUCCCUCAGUUCCUCCCUCAGUCCCUCCCUCAGUUCCUCCCUCAGUUCCUUCCUCCCUCAGUUCCUCCCUCAGUCCCUCCCUCAGUUCCUCCCUCAGUUCCUUCCUCCCUCAGCUCUUCCCUCAGUUCCUCCCUCAGUUCCUCCCUCAGUUCCUCCCUCAGUUCCUCCCUCAGUUCCUCCCUCAGUUCCUCCCUCAGUCCCUCCCUCAGUUCCUCCCUCAGUUCCUCCCUCAGUCCCUCCCUCAGUUCCUUCCUCCCUCAGUUCCUCCCUCAGUUCCUCCCUCAGUUCCUCCCUCAGUCCCUCCCUCAGUUCCUUCCUCCCUCAGUUCCUCCCUCAGUUCCUCCCUCAGUUCCUCCCUCAGUCCCUCCCUCAGUUCCUCCCUCAGUUCCUUCCUCCCUCAGUUCCUUCCUCCCUUAGUUCCUUCCUCCCUCGGUCCCUUCCUCCCUCAGUUCCUCCCUCCCUCAGUUCCUCCCUCAGUUCCUCCCUCAGUUCCUCCCUCAGUUCCUUCCUCCCUCAGUUCCUCCCUCAGUUCCUCCCUCAGUUCCUUCCUCCCUCAGUUCCUCCCUCAGUUCCUCCCUCAGUUCCUCCCUCAGUUCCUUCCUCCCUCAGUUCCUCCCUCAGUUCCUCCCUCAGUUCCUUCCUCCCUCAGUUCCUCCCUCAGUCCCUCCCUCAGUUCCUCCCUCAGUUCCUCCCUCAGUUCCUUCCUCCCUCAGUUCCUUCCUCCCUCAGUUCCUCCCUCAGUCCCUCCCUCAGUUCCUCCCUCAGUUCCUCCCUCAGUUCCUCCCUCAGUUCCUCCCUCAGUUCCUUCCUCCCUCAGUUCCUCCCUCAGUUCCUCCCUCAGUUCCUCCCUCAGUUCCUCCCUCAGUCCCUCCCUCAGUUCCUCCCUCAGUUCCUCCCUCAGUUCCUCCCUCAGUCCCUCCCUCAGUUCCUCCCUCAGUUCCUCCCUCAGUUCCUCCCUCAGUUCCUUCCUCCCUCAGUUCCUCCCUCAGUUCCUCCCUCAGUUCCUCCCUCAGUUCCUCCCUCAGUUCCUCCCUCAGUUCCUCCCUCAGUUCCUCCCUCAGUUCCUCCCUCAGUUCCUCCCUCAGUUCCUCCCUCAGUUCCUUCCUCCCUCAGUUCCUCCCUCAGUUCCUCCCUCAGUUCCUCCCUCAGUUCCUCCCUCAGUUCCUUCCUCCCUCAGUUCCUCCCUCAGUUCCUUCCUCCCUCAGUUCCUCCCUCAGUUCCUCCCUCAGUUCCUCCCUCAGUUCCUCCCUCAGUUCCUUCCUCCCUCAGUUCCUCCCUCAGUUCCUCCCUCAGUUCCUCCCUCAGUUCCUCCCUCAGUUCCUCCCUCAGUUCCUCCCUCAGUUCCUCCCUCAGUUCCUCCCUCAGUUCCUCCCUCAGUUCCUCCCUCAGUUCCUCCCUCAGUUCCUCCCUCAGUUCCUCCCUCAGUUCCUUCCUCCCUCAGUUCCUCCCUCAGUUCCUCCCUCAGUUCCUUCCUCCCUCAGUUCCUCCCUCAGUUCCUCCCUCAGUUCCUUCCUCCCUCAGUUCCUCCCUCAGUUCCUCCCUCAGUUCCUCCCUCAGUUCCUCCCUCAGUUCCUCCCUCAGUUCCUCCCUCAGUUCCUUCCUCCCUCAGUUCCUCCCUCAGUUCCUCCCUCAGUUCCUCCCUCAGUUCCUCCCUCAGUUCCUCCCUCAGUUCCUUCCUCCCUCAGUUCCUCCCUCAGUUCCUUCCUCCCUUAGUUCCUUCCUCCCUCGGUCCCUUCCUCCCUCAGUUCCUCCCUCCCUCAGUUCCUCCCUCAGUUCCUCCCUCAGUUCCUCCCUCAGUUCCUUCCUCCCUCAGUUCCUCCCUCAGUUCCUCCCUCAGUUCCUUCCUCCCUCAGUUCCUCCCUCAGUUCCUCCCUCAGUUCCUCCCUCAGUUCCUUCCUCCCUCAGUUCCUCCCUCAGUUCCUCCCUCAGUUCCUUCCUCCCUCAGUUCCUCCCUCAGUCCCUCCCUCAGUUCCUCCCUCAGUUCCUCCCUCAGUUCCUUCCUCCCUCAGUUCCUUCCUCCCUCAGUUCCUCCCUCAGUCCCUCCCUCAGUUCCUCCCUCAGUUCCUCCCUCAGUUCCUCCCUCAGUUCCUCCCUCAGUUCCUUCCUCCCUCAGUUCCUCCCUCAGUUCCUCCCUCAGUUCCUCCCUCAGUUCCUCCCUCAGUCCCUCCCUCAGUUCCUCCCUCAGUUCCUCCCUCAGUUCCUCCCUCAGUCCCUCCCUCAGUUCCUCCCUCAGUUCCUCCCUCAGUUCCUCCCUCAGUUCCUUCCUCCCUCAGUUCCUCCCUCAGUUCCUCCCUCAGUUCCUCCCUCAGUUCCUCCCUCAGUUCCUCCCUCAGUUCCUCCCUCAGUUCCUCCCUCAGUUCCUCCCUCAGUUCCUCCCUCAGUUCCUCCCUCAGUUCCUUCCUCCCUCAGUUCCUCCCUCAGUUCCUCCCUCAGUUCCUCCCUCAGUUCCUCCCUCAGUUCCUUCCUCCCUCAGUUCCUCCCUCAGUUCCUUCCUCCCUCAGUUCCUCCCUCAGUUCCUCCCUCAGUUCCUCCCUCAGUUCCUCCCUCAGUUCCUUCCUCCCUCAGUUCCUCCCUCAGUUCCUCCCUCAGUUCCUCCCUCAGUUCCUCCCUCAGUUCCUCCCUCAGUUCCUCCCUCAGUUCCUCCCUCAGUUCCUCCCUCAGUUCCUCCCUCAGUUCCUCCCUCAGUUCCUUCCUCCCUCAGUUCCUCCCUCAGUUCCUCCCUCAGUUCCUUCCUCCCUCAGUUCCUCCCUCAGUUCCUCCCUCAGUUCCUCCCUCAGUUCCUCCCUCAGUUCCUCCCUCAGUUCCUCCCUCAGUUCCUUCCUCCCUCAGUUCCUCCCUCAGUUCCUCCCUCAGUUCCUCCCUCAGUUCCUCCCUCAGUUCCUCCCUCAGUUCCUUCCUCCCUCAGUUCCUCCCUCAGUUCCUCCCUCAGUUCCUCCCUCAGUUCCUCCCUCAGUUCCUCCCUCAGUUCCUCCCUCAGUUCCUCCCUCAGUUCCUUCCUCCCUCAGUUCCUCCCUCAGUUCCUCCCUCAGUUCCUCCCUCAGUUCCUCCCUCAGUUCCUUCCUCCCUCAGUUCCUCCCUCAGUUCCUCCCUCAGUUCCUUCCUCCCUCAGUUCCUCCCUCAGUUCCUCCCUCAGUUCCUCCCUCAGUUCCUCCCUCAGUUCCUUCCUCCCUCAGUUCCUCCCUCAGUUCCUCCCUCAGUUCCUCCCUCAGUUCCUCCCUCAGUUCCUCCCUCAGUUCCUCCCUCAGUUCCUCCCUCAGUUCCUCCCUCAGUUCCUCCCUCAGUUCCUCCCUCAGUUCCUCCCUCAGUUCCUCCCUCAGUUCCUCCCUCAGUUCCUCCCUCAGUUCCUUCCUCCCUCAGUUCCUCCCUCAGUUCCUCCCUCAGUUCCUUCCUCCCUCAGUUCCUCCCUCAGUUCCUCCCUCAGUUCCUCCCUCAGUUCCUCCCUCAGUUCCUCCCUCAGUUCCUUCCUCCCUCAGUUCCUCCCUCAGUUCCUCCCUCAGUUCCUCCCUCAGUUCCUCCCUCAGUUCCUCCCUCAGUUCCUUCCUCCCUCAGUUCCUCCCUCAGUUCCUCCCUCAGUUCCUCCCUCAGUUCCUCCCUCAGUUCCUCCCUCAGUUCCUCCCUCAGUUCCUCCCUCAGUUCCUUCCUCCCUCAGUUCCUCCCUCAGUUCCUCCCUCAGUUCCUCCCUCAGUUCCUCCCUCAGUUCCUUCCUCCCUCAGUUCCUCCCUCAGUUCCUCCCUCAGUUCCUUCCUCCCUCAGUUCCUCCCUCAGUUCCUCCCUCAGUUCCUCCCUCAGUUCCUCCCUCAGUUCCUUCCUCCCUCAGUUCCUCCCUCAGUUCCUCCCUCAGUUCCUCCCUCAGUUCCUCCCUCAGUUCCUCCCUCAGUUCCUCCCUCAGUUCCUCCCUCAGUUCCUCCCUCAGUUCCUCCCUCAGUUCCUCCCUCAGUUCCUCCCUCAGUUCCUCCCUCAGUUCCUCCCUCAGUUCCUCCCUCAGUUCCUUCCUCCCUCAGUUCCUCCCUCAGUUCCUCCCUCAGUUCCUUCCUCCCUCAGUUCCUCCCUCAGUUCCUCCCUCAGUUCCUCCCUCAGUUCCUCCCUCAGUUCCUCCCUCAGUUCCUUCCUCCCUCAGUUCCUCCCUCAGUUCCUCCCUCAGUUCCUCCCUCAGUUCCUCCCUCAGUUCCUCCCUCAGUUCCUCCCUCAGUUCCUCCCUCAGUUCCUCCCUCAGUUCCUUCCUCCCUCAGUUCCUCCCUCAGUUCCUUCCUCCCUCAGUUCCUCCCUCAGUCCCUCCCUCAGUUCCUCCCUCAGUUCCUCCCUCAGUUCCUCCCUCAGUUCCUCCCUCAGUUCCUCCCUCAGUUCCUUCCUCCCUCAGUUCCUCCCUCAGUUCCUCCCUCAGUUCCUCCCUCAGUUCCUCCCUCAGUCCCUCCCUCAGUUCCUCCCUCAGUUCCUCCCUCAGUUCCUCCCUCAGUCCCUCCCUCAGUUCCUCCCUCAGUUCCUCCCUCAGUUCCUCCCUCAGUUCCUUCCUCCCUCAGUUCCUCCCUCAGUUCCUCCCUCAGUUCCUCCCUCAGUUCCUCCCUCAUUCCUCCCUCAGUUCCUCCCUCAGUUCCUCCCUCAGUUCCUCCCUCAGUUCCUUCCUCCCUCAGUUCCUCCCUCAGUUCCUCCCUCAGUUCCUUCCUCCCUCAGUUCCUCCCUCAGUUCCUCCCUCAGUUCCUCCCUCAGUUCCUCCCUCAGUUCCUUCCUCCCUCAGUUCCUCCCUCAGUUCCUCCCUCAGUUCCUCCCUCAGUUCCUCCCUCAGUUCCUUCCUCCCUCAGUUCCUCCCUCAGUUCCUCCCUCAGUUCCUUCCUCCCUCAGUUCCUCCCUCAGUUCCUCCCUCAGUUCCUCCCUCAGUUCCUCCCUCAGUUCCUUCCUCCCUCAGUUCCUCCCUCAGUUCCUCCCUCAGUUCCUCCCUCAGUUCCUCCCUCAGUUCCUCCCUCAGUUCCUCCCUCAGUUCCUCCCUCAGUUCCUCCCUCAGUUCCUCCCUCAGUUCCUCCCUCAGUUCCUCCCUCAGUUCCUUCCUCCCUCAGUUCCUCCCUCAGUUCCUCCCUCAGUUCCUUCCUCCCUCAGUUCCUCCCUCAGUUCCUCCCUCAGUUCCUCCCUCAGUUCCUCCCUCAGUUCCUCCCUCAGUUCCUCCCUCAGUUCCUCCCUCAGUCCCUCCCUCAGUUCCUUCCUCCCUCAGUUCCUCCCUCAGUUCCUCCCUCAGUUCCUUCCUCCCUCAGAGCGGGCGAUCGUGAUCUUCUGCCCGGGCACUGAGUUCUCUCACUUUGAGGAGUCUCUGACUCCCUUGGCCAGGCAGUACGUGGGCAAGGUGUUCUUCAUGAUGGUGGACUCCAGCGAUGAGGACACAUCAGGCCAGCCCAUGGACUACUUUGGCAUUCACGAGGGCGAGACGGCCGUGCUGGCCGUGCUCUCGUACACGGAGGGGGGCGAGCACCAGGAGUCCAAGCACCGCCUGGCAGGGGAACCUACUCUUUCCAACAUGCAGGUGCGUCAGUCAGCUUGCUUGUGUGCAUGCCAGCCAUUCACUUGUGAGAAAUUUCACAUGACAGCCGUGCUGGCUGUGCUCUCAUACACGGAGGAGGGAGAGCACCACGAGGCCAAGCACCGCCUGUCAGGGGAACCCACUCUCGCCAACAUGCAGGUGCGUUCGCCUGCUUGUGUGCAGCAUUCGCUCGUAUUAUGCCACCUGCCGCCCUACUAUAAGUCCGACCCUGUCCCUGAGGAGGUGCGUGGUGCCAUGGUCCGUGGGGCAGGUGUGUGUGGCAGGGAAGGUGAGUGCUGGGCGCAGGUGCAUCGUGAAUGCUGUCUGAGAGCUGUCAAGAUUCCUUCUUGCCAGGCGAACUGCCGCCCUAGCACAACCAUGACCCUGUCCCUGAGGAGGUGCAUGCCCGUGGGGCAGGUGUGUGGGGUAGGGCAGGUGAGUGUUGUUCACAGUGGCCAUGAUGCAUGGCAAGUUACCAUGGUCAUGCCUCCGUGCUCACCAAUUCACCCGCUUUCACUCCUCCCUUCCCUGUACACAUGUGCGCCCGCCCUCCCACCUUCCUCCCCACGCCCUCUACCCCGCUACCCUGCUCUCGCGGGGCAGAACGAUGGGGUGGUGCGCACAGUGGUGGGCAGCACGUUCAAGGAGAUUGUAAUGGAUGAUUCCAAGGAUGUCAUGCUCAUGGUGGGUGCCAGCGACCGCCCCUCGCUGCUCUUCGCCACCAUGGACUAUGCCUCCAAUGAGGUGCCGGGCCUUGAGUGCCCCUCCUGGCGGGCUCCUGCAUUUACCGCCUCCAUAUCAAAGGUCAGUGUGCGCCCCUCGCUGCUCUUCGCUGCCAUGGACUAUGCCUCCAACGAGGUGCCGGGCCUUGAGGUCAGUUGCCCUCUUGCUUGGCUUGGAGGUCAGUGCAUGUGCGCCUCUCUGCUCAGUCCGUCAGCGCUGAGUAAUCCAUCCACGUCAAUGCACCCUUGCUACGUCAGCGCUGAUGCUGAUGCUGAUGCUGAUGCUGAUGCGCUGAUGCUGAUGCUGAUGCUGAUGCGCUGA